GUAACUAACUAGCGGUAUUUAUUCAGAAAAAGGUGGCAUCACAUAUUUCGAUUAGCAAAUUCGAAAUUUCUAGUAUUCGGAAGUUUGUCGUUUUCUAAUCUCUUUAAUUUGCCAUUGUUUAAAAUGCCAACAUUUAUUCUGAAUACUAAUGUUUCCAAAGACAAAAUUCCUGGAGAUUUCUUAAAGAAUACUGCAAAAUUAGUUGCAGAAGUUCUCAAGAAACCGAUUUCGUAUGUUGUUGUUCAUGUUAAUCCUGACCAGAUGAUAUCUUGGGGUGGAACCUCAGAUCCUUGUGCAAAUGCAACAUUGGGAAGUAUUGGAAGUUUGGGUACAUCUGAAAAUGUGAAAAUAUCAAAAGCUCUGUUUGAACAUGUAAAGGAUAACCUUGGCAUAAAAGCAGAUAGAAUGUACAUCACCUAUGUAGACUUGGAACGAGCUAAUGUUGGUUACAUGGGAACAACAUUUGCUGAUAUGUAACUCAUUUUGUGUAUUAUUUUAAAACUUAUUUCUAUAUAUUGCUUUAAUCAUAUGAUUUGGAAUAAGUAAUGCAUUAGAUAUUUCAGAAUUCUGAUUUGGUGUAUUGAAAUAAUCAUCUGGGUUUAUCACUUAUUUUCAUAUAAAUAAAACAGUUUAAUUUGA